AUGGGUGAUAAGGAUACGAGAGGCUCAAGCUCCACUACAGCAGCUUCGCAAAAUGGUGGAGUUAAUACGAGCGAUAUGAAUAUUGAUACAAAUUUAUCAAAUACAACAGUAUUUGCAGUUCAUUUACCACAUAUUGAUUCAUCUACUCAGCCAGCAGUUUUCGGAAGUUGCGUAUCUUUAGGUGAAUGGAAAGAAGCAAAAGUACAACUUCGCCAAAUUCUAAAAACCACACUCUGGAUAUCAGAUCAUGUGCAAAUUCCUAUAGCCGAAGAUGUAUCUUACAAAUAUGUUAUGAUUGUGAAGGGUAUUUUCAAACAGUCAAUCGAAUACGAAGGUAAUAGCCAAUCAACUAACCGUAGAAUGACUUUCCGAAAAAACCAAUUCGAUAUCUGGCAAAAUAGUAAUAAGUUUAGAAUAGAUAAAGAAUACCUUAAAGGUGAUUUUCGGUUUGUUGAAAGUAUUUACGUAAGCAUUAAGGGAAUUGAUAGUUUGAGAGACAAAAUUAUGGAUUAUCAAUAUAUCAUGAAGAAUUAUCAAGAGUAUACAAUUCACGCAACAAAUUUCAAGUUUAUAAAUAAGAAAUUGUUAGAGAGUACUAAGAAAGAACAGCGAUUUUUCCUAUGCAUCCUUCUCGGGCAUUUACAAUCACAUGCCUAUAUGCCCGCAUAUUCGUUGCCCGAAAGUUUUCAAUCUGCUAACAUGUUAGAAGACCUUGCAAGCGUUGACCCAGAUUUUAUUCUUUCCGACAUUCGACAUUUAAUCUUAGUUGCAAUUAGAAUUCUAGUUCAGCAUAAUUCUUUGCAAGGCUCUACGUCAUGGUUUAGAAUGUUUUCUCUUGCGCCAAAACUUGAUCCGUCUUAUUCUUUCAUAGAUUCGGCAGAAAGCUACGAUUUCAAAAAUAAUCGGGACCAGUUUCAUAUGGCUUUGAUGGAAAAUGUGAAGCCCCACAUUAAUGAAUUGAUUAAUCGUCUAGAUGUAUUUCAUAAAGUUAUGAAGAAAUUAAUUAACAUAACUUACGGUCUGGAAAGUCUCAUAUUUUUGUGGAAUGACAUUAUCGGAUUAGAGAGAACGGAUGAUCAUUUGUGUAAAGUUAUAAAAAGAAGAAUGAAUGAAUUCAUAAAAUUUGAUGAUCCUUCUCGAUUAAAGGAACACUUUAAUUUAUUUCCAAAUGAACUCCAAGAUAUAGUUGCACCAGAGUUUCGAAAUAAACUUAUAAAAUCAUUGAAUGAAAGGAACUGCAAAUGGCAGAACAAGAAUAUUGAUUCCUUUCAAGAACUUCUUCAAGAUGAUUCGUUACAAUGGCCUUUAGAUGAAUACGCAAAAGCUCUUGAUGCUAUUGCAGACUCAGACCAAAUUCUAGUCUUAGAAACUUUCCCUGAUGUCAUUAAAUGCGUUUUGAAGAAAAAGCUUCUGAAAAGAGAUGAAUAUGUUCUUGAAACUUCAAUAAAAUGGCUGGAAAAGAUAAUCUCUUAUAGAACUUCUAAAGCCAAUGCAAAAAGUGCAAAUAACAAAGAUAAUAUUGCUUAUAUCAUUUUUUAUAAUCUUUCUCCAAUGUAUCCGCUUGUCUUAAAUUACCCAAAAUUUUGCAACAAAUUAAAACUUGUUGCUGAUAAAUCUGCUGGUCCUUUAUCUGAUGAUGUUAUACUCUCUGUUGCCUCAUACGUUGAAGAUUUUGAUAUUGAUGUUAUUGAUCACUUUGGUGCUUUAUUAAAGACCAGAAUUGAACGUAAUAUUCAAGAACCUGAUAAUCAACUUUUGAAAAAGAUUUCACAAAUAUGUGAUUGCACUAAUGAUCCUACCAACAUAAAUGUUAACAGCAGUUUUUGCGAGGAAAUAUUAUGCUUAAUAUUAGAACGUCUACAAAAACAGUCGGACAAAAAAGCUUUAGACCAAGAAUUUCAUAAAAGUUCAUCGAUUCGGUUCGCUCAAUUUUGGACAGUAAUUUUUCGGGCGAAAGGUCACACGAGAGAAUUACAUUCUCAUCCAUAUGUUCAAAGUGUGCGCGAUCACAUAGUUCGUCUUGCAAUAUCGGCUGCUAAUAGUACAAUUGUAAUAGGAUUACUUCAAGAAUUAUUCGAACACUCUGUCGAUAAUAAUGAUAUUCUAAUAAAUUAUUUUAAUUCCGCAAUUGAAAAUCAACCGGAAGAUAACGUGAAUCUUAUAAUUACCGAUAGAAUUCUUGAUGACCUACGCCAGCAAUGUAAAAAGUAUCAGACAGUAUUUACGAAACUUACUAAAUUUUAUGACCGAUUUUAUCCUUCUGAUCUAAUAAAUAAUUAUCGUGAAUAUCGAGAAGAUCUAUUAAAAAGACAAAAUGAAAUUGAUAAUAUUACUCUUGAAGAAACUAUUGCUCAAGAUUAUUGGUCAAUUCAUUGUGCAACUAUUGAUGUUAUGGAGAGCACUUAUAAGUUUGUUGAAUCACAGAUCUUUAAUAAUGUUUUUCUGGCUGUGUUAAAGGCAGAAGACCGGAUAUUAACUGUUGAUAUUGUAACCACGGAAUUGAUUCAGAUGGCAAUCGAAAAAUUCAAUACUAUAUGUAAACAAUAUGAAGACUGGGAAAAUAUUAUAUGUUCUGAAGCGAAUAUGCUCUGGCAAAAUGUCGACCUAACUAAUGUCGAGUUUGAAGUUUAUUUCAUAACUCCAAAUUGCAUUAGAUUCACACAAGCUCAUACUGAUUAUAGACGAUCGCAAGAAGAAAAAAAAUUAAUUGCUGCAGCAAAAUAUUUGGUUAGCAUGUAUUCGUUAAAACAAAAAUUAAUUAAUCUUAUAACAGUCUUGGACACUCUGAAAAUACCUUAUAGUCAAAGGCUUUGGGUUAAAAAAAUUUUUCAAUCUUUAGAAGAAGAAGGAUUAAAACUUAGCCAGCUACAAAAAAUUAUUGAGGAAUUAGAAAAAAAUAUUGAUAAAUAUAAAUUAGAAAAAUGUUGGGCAAUAAUUAAGGAAAUGGCAGAUUCAAAGGAUUUUCUUAUCUUUCUACAAUCACUUGUAGGCCAUGAUUUAAAAAAUUUAAUUAAUGGUGUAGAUGAUCAUUCUGAUGAACGUUUGAUACAGGAAGAUACUGUUUCAACAUUUAUCCGAAUAAAACAAAUUUUGGAGCCUUUAGUAGCUAAAAGUGAAGAUUCCGCUUCUGCUGAUUUAGCGGUAGACAGGUUUUUGAAGAAUCUUAUCACUGUAAUCUCCAAGAAUCCAACACUCUCCGGUAAACUGAGAUUAUGUAAUGCUCAUGCUCAGGCAUUAAAAAAUAUGUAUGAAAACAUUUCGAAUCGGGGUGAAGUUACAAAAGAAAGAAUCUAUUAUGCAGUAACAAAAGGAGAGUACACUUUUCAGAGAAUAGAUGACGAAGAAUACAAAUGUACUGCAACAUUAUCAUACCAAUCACAUAAUGCACGGGAUGAAAAUGCAUUAACAAAGUAUACCUUUAAUGAUCUACAAGACUUACGUGGCCGUGCUCUUUUAAUUGCCAAAAGUCCUGUUAACGCAAAGACGUCAGAUGAUAGUAGUAAAAGUAGUGAAAUCUCUGCUUUCCAUAUGAAUGAAUUUGUUGUCCAAGUUGACCUGGCACAACAAAUAAUUAACGUAUCUUCGCAGCUUGUAGAGCUUGGCCAUUUUGAUUACCGAGAUUUUAAAGUAUCAACAAAAUCUACGCGACAAAGCACAGAACUAUUACAAACUUUAAAUGAAAAUUUACAAGAGUGGAAAGACAUAGUUGGUACUGCACAGCAAGAUCAUUAUUAUUUAACCUUCUUUCUAGCUAGACAAAUUUUGGUCUUUUAUGAUUAUUUCACAUCAUCAAAGUCAAAUGAGGAAAAUAAUAAAGAUAAAUGUGCAAUGCUUUUACGGUUAGUUAAUGACAAAGCCGAGUUACCGCCUAUAGUAGAGAAACAUAUUGACAGUACUGAUACUCAUCUUGAUAUCCUCUGUGGAAUUGGAGAAAGAUUAGGCGAAAUAUUUGAUAAAGUACCAGCGAAAAAACGUCCAAUAACAGCUGAUGUUGAACAAAUAAUGUCCGAUGUGGUUCAUCCAGGACAACUUUUUGUUGCUGCAUGCACUGAUAAAUUCAGAGUACCAAAUAUUAUAAUGAGUUUAUAUGCUGUUAACUUAAAUCGAUGUUAUCCAGAAUCAUGGCAAUUGCUAAUUUGCAAAGCAUCUACUACAGCAGAAGAGCUCUUAAUUUUUACUAAACGAUGCUUCUUCGCUGAAAAAAACGGGGAUCAAUUAUUUUCUAUAGCUAAUGUAGAGAAUCUUGAUUUUGAACUGCAAUACCAAUUAGUAACGCAUAUACGUUCUCUUUCUCAACAAGAGAGGCAAUUUAAUUUAGCAUUAAUUUGCUGUCGUGAAAAUGGCAUGCAACAUCAUAUACUUGAUCAAUUUUCUGAAUAUGUCCAUAUAACUAAUGGUCUUAAUGCAGAUUCAAUGCGAAAUAUAUAUAAGGAAUUGUGCCCGAAUGUAUUCACCAUUUCUUCAGAUUUAUCUGGGCAAGGAAAAACUGAAUGGAUUAAAGAAUAUAGUUUUAAUAAUGGUCUAACUCCACGAAGUGUCUUAGUAAGUGAUGGUGCCACUUUUGAAAAACUUGUUAAAAAACUAUCUGAAACUAAAAUCAGGAUUUUUGAAAGCUUGCAUCUUAAUAUCAUGUUGAUAAAUCAUCCUUAUGAUGUGAACAUGUUUUUAUUUGAACUAUUAACAUUUAGAGUGGUAUCGAAUGGAAUUAACAUUGCUUUCAUUCCAUCGAAAACAUUAGUAUUUAUAGAAGUUGCCUCUACUAUGAAUCAAUAUUUGUUAAAUUCAUUACCAAUUACCGGGUAUUUAGUGAAAGAACAUUUAACUUGGAAUAUUAAAAAACUUGCUAUUUCUUAUAAUUAUAAUAGCCCAAUUCAAGUAGUCGCUAGAUACUUGGAUGCAUAUGACCAGGAUAUAAUUAAUCAAGAGAAUAUUGAUAUUAUAAUACCUGAAGAUGGUGAAAUAAUACAAAUAUCACAAAACCGUUGCCAAGAACUUUUUCAGAGAUAUUUUUUCGGAAACCACACUCAAGAUGUUACUUCAUACCGCUUUCUUGAAAUAUUUUUUAAUGUUCUUGCAGAUCAAUUAGUAAGAUUAUCAUCAAGUACAUUUUUCCGUGUGGAAACACUUCGUGAGAUGGUAGAAGAUAAAAGUGUUAGAAAAACUUUAUUGGAAACUUUAUUAGAUGUUUCGAUUGACUUUGCAACUCGCUCUGUAGAAUCUAAAACAGAACAAUUAAAACAUUUACCAAAUGCUGAAACUGCAAAUUUAGGAACGAUUAAGCACUGGGAAGACUCAAAUCAUUUAUUAGUGUUUUUCAUGUCACAAACACCCGAUUCUAUUUGUGCUCUUUAUCGUGAUAGAGAAAAGGUACCAGAUGAUGUUGUAAACUUGUUAAAAAGUCAAUAUGUUGGGGCCGGAACUCCAGCCAAGGGGAAAGCAGUAGAUAUAUUGGAUAAUUUUGAUGAUAUGCAUCCUGACGAAAUCCUAAAAAAAUUGGAAUGUUUAGCACGUACAACUCUUGAUAAACGUGAAUACCAACCUUAUGCACUAUCUGCUGAUAAUCUUUUGAAGAUGGCAUUAAUUCUUUUGCGAGCUCGUGCUAAUGUUCCUGUGGUCUGCUGUGGUGAAGCUGGAUGUGGCAAGACGAGUUUGAUUAAAUUUUUAUCAAUAGUCGUAGAUGUUGAAUUUAGAGCUCUUAACUUGCACGCUGGAAUUAGAGAACAAGAAAUCUUAGAUUUUAUGUCCGAUGCAGAGAAAAUCGCCGAAACUCGUCAAGUCUGGUUAUUCUUUGAUGAAAUCAAUACUUGCAAUCAUAUUGGAUUACUUGCUGAUCUUAUAGCGCAUAGACAAAUUCAUGGUCAAGCAAUUCAUCCUAACAUAAGGCUUUUCUCUGCGUGUAAUCCAUAUCGUUUACGACAAAAUAGUGAUACACAAGCAGGUCUUUUAGCAAAAAGAUAUGAAGAACAAAGUAAAUUAGCCUAUCAAGUUCAUCCACUGCCUGAUCAAAUUAUAGACUAUGUCUGGGAUUAUGGUGUAUUAAAACCAUCUGAUGAAAAGACUUAUAUUCAUAUAAUGGUUAAUACGAGUUUAGAAAAGCAAUCAAAUUUAUUCCCUGAAUUAUUAUUUGCUUCACAACAAUUUACACGAGUUCAUGAAGGAGUGCAUAGCGUCAGUUUACGUGAUGUUAAACGUGCUAUAAUCCUUGUUAAAUAUUUUUAUAAGAGCUUAAAAAAUCGACCUAAACCUAGUCUUAGUUUUACACAAGCCCAAGCAUAUAGAGAUUAUCCUUCAAGAAAUGGACCAGAUCCUAUGGUUUUAUCAUUUAUAUUAUCAUUAAGCCUUUGUUACCAAGUUCGAAUUUAUGAUCAAAAAUUGCGUGAACAAUAUUGCGAAAGAAUGUGCGAAGUAUUCGAUAAGUUUAAACCGAAAUCCAUCAAAACAAAAAUGACACCAACACUCUUUGCAAAGAUUAUUAGAGAAGAACAAGAAAAUUAUAUGAUUAGAAUGACAAAACCGCCACAAACUGCAGAGAACGAAGCCCUACUUGAGAAUGUGCUCACCAUGGUUGUUUCAAUAUUUACAAAGAUACCAUUAUUUGUUAUUGGAGCACCAGGAGCAUCAAAAUCUCUAGCAAUCCGUUUGGUUAGUCAGAAUCUCCGUGGUGCUGAUUCUGACGACCCAUAUUUUAAAACAUUACCACAAGUAAGAAAAAUUUACACGCAUUUAUAUAUUGGAUUAGCUGAAACCAGUCCCUAUAAUCCAUUGAAAGUUCUACAUUCAUUACUUGAACCAAGCUAUCCUAAUGAGCUUCCGAAUGUUUCUGUUAUUGGUAUAAGUAAUUGGAGGCUAGAUAAUUCAAAAUCAAGUAGAGCAUUAUUAGUUCAAAGGCCUAAAUUUGAAGAAAAAGAUUUAAGCGAUACAGCAGAGAGAUUAUUCGAAAAGAAAAAUUGGUUAGUCUGGAGUAAUAGAACAGCUAAACUUAAAUCUUUGGCAAGCUCUUAUCUAAGAUAUGAAAAAGAGCAAUUAAUUGAGAAUUUUCAUGGUCUUCGUGAUUAUUAUUCAUUAAUUAAAAGUCUUAGCGAUAAUGAGCUUACAGUAGAAUCAACACAAAUGGCAUUAGCAAGAAAUUUUGGAGGAAUAAAACAGAUGAAUAACCAAUAUUUAACGCAUUUCAAAGAUGUUAUAGAUACGUUCCAUGGUGGAUCAUCGUGCGGUGAAGUUGAAAGAUGGUAUGAUUUCUAUUUCCAUCAAAAACACGAUGAUCUUAAUACAUAUAUUCAAUCAAAGCUAGAAGAUUAUGAUGAUACUGAAAAUGAUAAUAUUGAUAAUAAUGAAUAUUCUGAUAAUAUUGAUGACAAUGAAAAUGCUGAAAAUAUUGAUAACAAUGAAAAUUGCGAAAAUAUUGAAAAUAAAAAGCGAGGAUUUGAUGAAAGCAGAGAAUUGAACUUUGAAGAACGUUUAUUAGACGAAGUUUCAAAAAUGAUGAUAGGAAAGCUCUAUAGAAUUGACAUGGAUAAUGUUGAAAAUGAACUUUCAACAUGGCAACAUGAUGUUGUAAAUGUAUUAUCAUUAUCAACAAAAUUGCCAAAUCCUUCUAAUAGUCCAGCAAUGCAUAAACUUCGAAUAUAUAAUGAUCUUUCAAAAUCCUUUGAUUUGCCAAAGCUUAUAGAAAUUCAAGAGUUUGAAGAUGAAAAAGAAGUGAUUUCAGAACAAUUUAUAGAUAUGGUUUUCGAAAGGUUUAAUGAGUUACCACUUACAGAAAAUAAUUUAUCAUCAAGACGAUCUUUUAUUAAUAGAUGCAUAGCCAUAUUACCACUUGAAUCACCUAUUCGACUUCACCUUUACAAAAAAGUCUUUUCCCAGGAACCUUUGCCUUUAACCUUCCCGACAAUUCAUCGUAUUUUCCAUGCAGAAGAUGAUGAUAUAUUCAUUGAUCUAAUUAAUGAUCCGCGUGAAGUUUUAAUAGAAUCCGAACAAAUCGAUUUUGAUAUUGAUGAUAAUGACGACGAAGAACAAGAACCUGUUGAUUAUGAUCAAAUAUUCCAUAUUAAUGACUUAAAUCAACUUCGUGGAGAUGACACUCCUUUGAAAGAAUUAAUAAAAAUCGUAUUAAACCCUAUCGCAGGAGAAAUAAUAAAUCAUCGAAUUUCAUUUGCAGGAAUGAUAAUUACAAGACUCUAUCUUAUUCAAGCAGCACGUGAAUGGAAUCAAAGUGAAACUUUACUGGCAAAUCACAUAACCAAGUUUUUAGACAAUAAACAAGACAAAAAUCGUAUUCCCCCUAUUUAUAAACAAACAUUGACUAAGUUUUUGGUUAAUAAACAAGAACUUUGUAGAAUUGGUCCCGAAGAUGAUAAUAGGAGAGUUUAUAUGGCUUCAGUGAUUGCGCAUGUAAUUGCAUUACAUAUUUCGGUUCCUCAAGAUCUUUCACCAUUAGCCAUGUAUAUGCAAGCUAUACAAGAUUGUAGAAAUGAUUUUAUUUUGGGAUGUCCUUCAGACGAACAAACAGUCGUAAUUAAUGCAGUAAUGAUGUCAAAUAUGGCUGACAAACGCUUGACAAGUAGUUGUCCAAAGUGCAAAAGAGUCAUAGGGGGCCAAGUUUAUGACAGACCUGCUGUAGGAAAUGCACGUUUAGAUCAUAUACCGUUGACCCAACCAAAAGAUGCCGCGGAUCAACGAGGUUAUAUUAUAGAAACACAAAAUGCAGAAGACUCUUACAGCGUUAGAUCAGUGACACCAGCAUCUUAUAGAAUUAUUCAUCUUUUUACACAUACUAUCAUUGGAAUACAAGCUCCAUCUCAACAAGUCACCAGAUUUAUCAAAGGUAAUACGAACGCAAAUAAUCUUGGUGAAAAUGAUAUAGCAGAAUAUUGUGCGGCACACAUUAAUCAUGAUUGGGAUAUAUUGAAAAAAAUUCUUGCCUGCGGUGAUGAACAAUUGGCAUUACUUUUACAUGCAAUUAUUUCAGAAAUGACACGACAACCAAUGCAAAAACAGGCAAAAUUAAAUACACCAAAUGAAAGAGAAGCUUGGGAGGUGCAAUUUAGCCAAAAAUAUGUUUCACCGUUAAUUAAAAAUGUUAUGGGUUCCGUUACAGAUUUUCGCAUGCAAUUAGAAACAAAUUCUGUAAACGCUCAACCAAAAAUUGAAGCCGAAAUUAAUGAAAUGGUGACAUUAAAUGAUCUCUAUGUUGAAAAUCAUUUGCCACGACUAUGGCGUUUGAUUGGCGAAACGAAUUUUGAUAAUUUCCGAGCUUAUUUCUUGAAUAAUGCAGAAUAUAAGGAAUCAUUCCCAUUCUUGGCCGUAUUUUUGAAACACGAAAAAUAUUUAUCACUUAUUCGAUGCCUCCCUCCACUUGUGAAAUUUACGCAGAUUUUACAUACUAGCCUUUCAUAUAGAAUUGAAAGACAAGAUGCAAGAACAUCAACAUUCAGGAAAUUUAUUAAUAAUGAAAGUGAAAACGAUGACACAGGUGAAACAGUUAGAUCAUUAAAAAGUGCGUUCAACCUUUUUGCGGAAGCCUGGAAUAAAUUGAUUCCACAUGUCAAAAGAUAUCAAUGCUUAGAGUUCCCAUAUAAAAUGCCUGAAAUGAACGAAGAUAUGCAGGUUCUUUUGGGAUUAUACGAAGAAGCUAAUGAAGGCUUGUUCUUAUGUGGUGCCAUAGAUUUCUUAGUCCAAUUACAAAAUGAUUUCCUUAAAGAUGUCAUUGAAAUUCCUUCAGUAAAAUGUCAAUCUUUAAAAUUCCUUGAACAAACAGAGAUGCAAACUAAAAAAAAUGGAAAACAAACAAUUCCUCCUGUAUACCAAUUGCAAUCUAUUUCACUCGAGAACAUAAGAUCUGUACACAUAGUCUCAUAUGAAUAUAAUACAAAUAAUUUCGGAUAUAGCCAAUUUGAUCUAAGGAUUGGUCAUGGUCGUGAAAUUCAAUAUGACUUAAAUAAAAUUGAAGCGGAACUAGCUUUUGAAUUAGUUCAUGAAAAAGCAUUUAUUGUACCUAAUGAACAAAAAUCUUAUUUGGAACCUUUUGUGUAUCAUAAGGAAAUAUUCCAAGAAUCUAUGACAAUUUUGAGUGAAAUUAAAGAAUUAGUGGAACAAGAACCAAUCCCUGAUGAUAAGAAAGCUUUGUUUGUAGGAACUUAUUCAUCAAUCAACAGGCCAUUUGCUGGAGAAAGUAGUGCUUUCACGGCAAUAACAUUCGCAUUUGAAAAUCCAAAAGAUUUGCUCUCAACUUUGGAAAUGAUAGUUUGUUUCCUUAAACGCACUUCUGGAGGUGACGGUAAUACAUUAAUUACCGAUUAUAUAGAAAACUGGAUGAAAUUAACAGUGCUUAAAGAAAGUAAUAGCAGUUAUAGAUUAUUAUCAAGAGCUGGCUUACAACUUAAACAUAUAGUAGCAUUAUAUGAAUUGGUAGAAGAACAUGUUGCAGAUGUGGUUGCUAAUUGUAUUCAUCAUAAAUAUAAAGCCAAACUUAGUGAACCAUUAAAACGAGAUAUUUCAAAAGCAAUCGGUUUUGAAUCAUCAAAACAAGAGCAAGCAUAUGAUGCAAAAUCAUGUAUUCCAGCUGGAGUCUUUGCCACAGCAUUAAAAAGGUUUAUUGUAAGAUAUCUGACAACUAGUGAAAAUAUUAAUGAAAAUGUAAAUUUGUCGGAUUAUAUGGUUGAGGAUGAAGGGUUGGAAUGUUGGCCUGAUUGGGCAGAUAAAAAUAUUAUUAAAAAUAAAUUUCCUUCAUCAUUGCUGGUUUCUCAUACUUUUGAAACAUAUCAAUAUACUAAAUAUACUAUAGAGAAAACACGAGCUAAAAAACCGGACCCAGUUAAAGAAGACACUGGAUCAAAUCAAAGAAAAAAUAUCAAGAAAGGAAAAGCUAAAUUUGUUGAUAAAACUUAA